CCCGCUGGCGGCUGCAGACUUCAGGGAGCGGUUCUCGGCUGUGACGGCUGCUUAGUAGUCCAGUCUGGGUCUGGCCAACCCCCCGCAGCUACGAUGUUCCUGGGGCUCCGGAGAGGCCGCAAGAGGCAGUUUAACAACAUCAUCCACGGCCUCCUCCCUGCAGCCAGCAUCGCACCCAAGCCAGCUGUGCCCCGCACGCCUCCUCCGCGCAGCCCCAACCCCUCUCCAGAGAGACCAAGAUCUGCUCUGGCUGCAGCCAUUCUAGCAACGACAUUGACUGGCCGGACCGUUGCCAUUCCUCAGCCUCGCCGGAGAUCCCACUCUGAGAGUGACACGACCUACAUUGAAAAGGACAGUUUCAUCGAGCCCUAUGCCACCACCUUGGAGCUGAGGCAUCAACCACACUGGCAGAAUGAGACGGGAAGAAGAUCUUCUUUGCCAUCCUUUGAAAUGCUGGGCUACGAGGAGGAAGAGGACACUGACACACACCUGUCAUCCAGCCGCAGGGAGUCGGGGGAUGCCAGUGCUCGCAAGGAGGAGGGAAGUCUCAGCGACGCCGUGUAUGCGGUGCCGCACAGAAAUCAGGUUCCAUCGUCACGUGGGGUGGACACUGAAGAUGAGGAAAGUGAUUCUGAACAAGGUGGGGUUCCAAACUCACCUGUCCCACCUGAGCGUAUGCAAGACAAAGAUGGUAAACAUUCUGUUCUGAAUUUAAAGGAUGAAAAACCACCAUUAUGUGAAAAACCUCCACCCUCUCCAGAUAUAACUGGUAGAAUACGUCAAAGAUGUAUAGGAAUAACCAAAGAAAAGUUCGAGGAAUUAAAAGAUGAAAAUUUGCAUCUAAACAAUGCAAAUCAAACCCUUACUCUUGAACUUAACAUAAUAAAACAAACAAUGAAAGAACUACAAUUAAAACUUAAAAGGAUGGAAAAAGAAAAUGGAAAGCUGAAAGAAGCUGAGAAAGCAUCCUCUCAGGAAGUUGCUGCACAUGAAUUACAGUAUCUAAGAAAACAGGCUCAAGAACUGGUGGAUGAAAAUGAUGGAUUGAAAAUGACUGUCCAUCGUUUGAAUGUAGAACUGAGCAGAUAUCAAACAAAAUUCAGGCAUCUGUCCGAGGAAGAGAGUUUAAAUAUUGAAGGCCUCCCAUCAAAGGGCCCUAUACCACCCUGGUUGGUGGACAUAAAGUACCUGUCCCCGUUGUUGCUGGCCUACGACGACAGAAUGAAAGAGAAGGACGAGCUCAAUGCCAGCCUUCAGGAGGAAAUGAGGACGUUUAGAAUGCGAGUCCAAGAGGUGGUGGAAGAAAAUGAAGAAUUGCACCAAGAGCUAAAUAAAAGUAGUCCUGUCACCAGUGAGGAAUGGUGUCAGCUUCAAACUCAAGCAGAGCUGGUUUUAGAGGAAAACAAGUUGUUGAUAGAGCAGUUGGAGAUUCAGCAAAGAAAAGCCAAGGACACCCACCAGGAGCGUCUCCAGGAAGUUUCUAAACUGACUAAACAGCUAAUGCUUCUGGAGACUAAAACACAGAACCAAGAAAAGGAGCUAACUGAAAGUAAGGAGCAGUUGGGAAUUUUACGUAUGGAAUGCCAAGAACUAAAAACACAGUUGGACAGCAAAGUUGCAAUGGAAGUUCACACUUCAAUUGUGAAUGAGUUAAAAAGCCAGUUGCAGAAGGAAGAAGAGAAAGAAAAUGCUGAGAUGGAAGAGUUGAUGGAAAAGUUGGCAGCCCUGCAAGUGCAGAAAAAGAGCCUGCUAUUAGAGAAGAAAAAUCUGAUGGCUAAAAACAAGGCGCUAGAAGCUGAACUCGAAAAGGCACAGAAAAUAAAUAGGAGAUCUCAAAAGAAAAUUGAUGUCCUCAAAAAGCAGGCGGAAAAAGCCAUGGAGAAUGAAACGUCUGCUCACCAGUACCUGGCAAAUCUUGUCGGCCUGGCAGAGAAUAUAACCCAGGAACGUGACAGUCUUAUGUAUUUGGCUAAGUGUUUAGAAAGUGAGAAGCAUGGAGUUCUCAACAAAAUCAUAGAAGGCAAUAUUCGCUUGGGAAGGUUGGAGGAAAAAGUCAAGGGGUACAAGAAGCAGGCGGCACUGAAACUGGGUGACAUCAGUCACCGUCUGACGGAGCAGCAGGAAGACUUUGCUAGCAAGACGGCUCAGUACCAGCAGGAGAUGAGGCACCUCCAUCGGAUGCUGCAGGACAAGCAGGAUGUCCUGGACAAGGCGCUGCAGCAGAAAAGAGAAAUGGAAGGCGAGCUUGAGGUUGUUUGGGAGUCCACGUCCAAGGAAAACCGAAGGAUCCGAGAACUUCUCCAGGCCACCCUGGAGAGGACAGGCCCCUGGGAUAACACCAGAGCUCUCGAGGACCCCUUCCUGGACGGCAUCUCUCAGGGAGACGUGCUGGAUGGCUGCCGCUUCAGCUACUGUGACACGAAGCCCCCUCCCGCCGCCUGCCAGGCUCUGCGGGAGCCCCUGGGCUAGGGCCCCCCGGCGGCGAGGUCUGCCUUUCACAGGACAGGGAGGGCCGAAGGGAGGGCAGACUCACACCCGCCACUGCAGCAUUUCUUCUCCUCAGGGCUAGGAAGAAAUAAACUGUCUCAGAAAUUUAACCCGAUUUUUUUACAUUUUGCUUUAUUUUUAAAAUGUGCUGCUGAGCUAUAUUUAGCCAAUGCACGUCCUCUGACCCCACUGCCACCGAGCCGGGCUCUGUGAGACCCACUGCUCAGGCUAAAGGUGACCUGACAAGCUGGCCUGUCUCCGGGCUCCUAGAUCCGCGCCAGGAAAGCACCAGAGGGAAGGUGGGCAGGCCCGGGUGCUCAGCCUGUGUGUGUGAUGAGUACGUGUAUUCGGAGGAGCCAGCGAUGGAAGCGACAGCGGUGAGACCUGUGCAUUCACUCUGGGCAGGACUUUAUUGUUUGGCAGGAAACACGUGCCGGCCUCAUGCCCCAGUAAGUUGUACGGAAUCCGUUCUGCCCUCUCCCCCAGCCUUUCUCUGUCUCCCUGGGAGGGUAGUUUUUCUGGGGCCAUGUAGCCUCCUUCUCCCUUUGAUAGCCUUGACUUUGAGCACCAAGGUGAGGUCCCUGCCGCACUGCCACCACCAAGAAGGAUGCCGGGGCCAUGGUCCCACUGCACCCCGUGCCACCUCCUCAGGUAGAUCACCCGUGCCUCCGGGGCCGUUCCUGGGGUGUCUAGGCGUGUCCAGGGCUGCUUGUCCCCAGCAUGCUGGAAGAAGGCUGCAGAAGAGCCUAAACCGUGCUGUCACAUCCUUUCACCAGACCCCUCAGAGCUAAGGCCCGUGUGGUCUCAGGUGUGCACACAGACCCAGCAUUGGUCCCUGGUCAGAUGUAACAGUUACACAUGUGCUCUUUGGUUGCUAAGUGGGAAGUUGAAAUAGAAAAUCAUUGGUCUUUUACAUUUUAUUAAACUUGCUCAACAGUUAAAGAAUUCUAAUUUAUUUUCAUUUUACCACAGAUAGAAAGACGCACCAGGAUUUGAAACUAUGUAUUGUCUCCUAAGAGAUGACCUAGCACAGAACUUUGAUGUUAUUUCAAGGGAAUCUGUGCCAGCCGUCUAAUAAUCCGUAGACAGACUGAAAGGCGGCAGCAGCCCCGUGAGCCUCUUGCCUCCAGACCGAUGCUCAUGGGGUGGCUUGUCCGUGGGACGCUGCGGUUGUCACAUCACCUAGAGAACCACGUUUAUUAUCCCUGCUUCUUCCUGCCUUCAAAAAGGACAUUUUAUUCCCUUGAGAAGUGAAUGUUUUUGCAAUUCUGCUUUAUCACAUGUUACAAAUACACUUUGCAAGUUCAGUGACCCUUGGCUCUCAUCACGGCCCGGCAGGGGUGGCAGUUGCGCGGCACUCGGGCUCUGCUGGCCUCCCCCGGCUGCUGUAGCAAAUGGGAAGGUGAGCUCAGAGUCUGGGAUGCAGAGGAGGGCAGGACAGAAGAGAUGGCAAAAGACAAAGCAGCUGAGAGGCACAGAGCCCAGACUUGAGGUGGAACACCCGGGCCUUGCAGGAUAGACAGGGUCUCAGGAGCUGGAGAAGGGCAGGUGGGGCUCUGGGGCUGGAGGUGGGGGUGGGCGGUGAGGCCUGACUGCUGGGAAGGGGGGGCUCCUGUUCCUCUUCAUCCUGCAGGUUUCCAGUCUGAGCAGGAACUGGUCCCAUUCUCUCUUGGUCCUGGUGAGUCUUUAUGUGGUGCUAGAAAUGUCCCGAUCAGGGUGAAAGUAACCCAAGGUCAUGCUAGAAAACAUGACCCAGGGACCCAGGUGAGCCCUGCUGCCUUUGGCAGUAUUUAAAAGCAACCCUGGGGAAGUCAGGACUGAGUGGAGAGGGGGCCAAGUGUGGCUGUGAGUUUGGUGUGACAGCUGGUGGGGGGCUGUCCUGUUUUCCAUUUGUCCCAUGUGGAGGGGCAGUGGGAUCAGAAGUGACGCCUUUGCCCUUCAACCUCUGAGAAGAAUGGGAAGGACCCCACCCUUUUCCAACAGCUUAAAUCUUUGUAGACCAGUGGGUCUUCUAAGUCUUAGGAGAGGCGGAAGUUCUGGAUUUUAUUAAUUUCGAUGUAACUAUCCAGCAGAUAUGCUGUGAAUACGUGUCUGUGUGCUCCAUUUGUUGAGAACAGCAGUACUGAUGAAGGCAGACAUCAUUAUAAAGUGUGCUAGGUGCUCAGAAGAAAAGCCCCAGGACAGAAGCCCAGAGCCAUGAACGUCCAGAGCACGCAGGGUCUCAGUGCAUCAUGGGAAAACUGACUUGUGUGCUGGAACACGUGGGUAUGUGAACCUGCCUUCUUCACUGUAAGUUUUAUGAAAUCUAGAUAUGUCAGGUAUCUUUGAUGAAAAUCUAGCACCUGAAUUGAGAGGUGCUAUAACUGUCAAAUGUACACCAGAUUUUGAAGUCUUCCUAUGAAAAAAAUAAUGUAAAAUAUCUAAUAACUUUUAUAUUCGUUUUAUGUUGAGAUAACAUUUUGUACAUUUUGUAUAUAUUGGGUUAAA